CCGGAACUGACGGGCCGGAGCCGCGGGAUUCAAACUCCCGGAAGCGGGGCCGGGCCGGGGUCGGACGGGCUGUGGUUUGGGGUGCUCGGGCCCCGUCCCGUCCCACGGAGCGAGAGCCGGCAGCAGGAUCCAGGAAGCCCCGCGCUUGACUCCAGCUGUCGGAAGCCAUGUCCUGCCCGCUAGGAGGGAUCGCUGUUCCGUGACGCCGAUUUUGGGUUUUACAGGCGCCGAAAGAUGAACCCCAAGACCGCCAAAGAUCGUAUUAUGGGCAAGUGGGGCUUAAAGUCGAGCAGCUCCAGAGCUGAGAGUGGGCUGGAGAAGGGUAAACAGGAGAGCGCUGGGCUGAGGAAUCAUCCCGCGGAGGAAGCCGCCCCCGGGAGCGGCGGGAUGGCGGAGGCGGAGAGGAGCGGGCUCCUCCAGAAAAUACAUUCCCUUGAAAAAGAAAAAGAAAAACACAACCAUCUUGUUGGAGAGAAAGACAGGGAAAUCCAAAACCUGAAAGACAAGCUUAAGUCCAAAACCAAUAAUAGUGAAGUCUCCUUACUACGAAAUCAACUAGAGGAAAAAACAAAGGAAGCAGAAAGGAGAGAACAGUUACUUUGUUCUCUAUCAGAAGAAAUUAACCGGUUAAAAUGUAAUUUAUCUGCUGUCAUGGCAAAAUGUUCUGAUCUCGAGAACAAAGCCAGUAGCACUUCUCAGGCAUCCCAGGAAGCUGUAACAAACAGCACUGAAGUUGAAAGACAAUUGAAAGAUGCUCUUGAGAAAAACCAACAGUGGCUACUGUAUGACCAGCAACGGGAAGCAUAUGUCAGGGGAUUGCUUGGGAGGAUCUUUGAACUUGAACAGAAGUCAGAAAUAGUUAGCCAACAAGAAUCUAGAGGAUUCAGUUCAGAAGGUCAUCUGCAAGAGGAAAAGCAAGAAUACUAUGACCACCUGCUACUAACUGCUAAGAGGGAUCUUGAGACUGAAAGAGGCACUGUAACCCAGCUGAGAUCUGAACUUAAUGAAUUGAAAAAGAAAUACGAAGAAACACAAGGAGAAAUAAUGAGUUUAAAUGCCUUAUUGCAGUCACAACGGGUUGCUGAAAUGAAGGCUCAAGAAAAUGAAAAUAAAAUGAAAGAGAAAGUGCAGAGACUAAAACAGGAAAAUGAAAUUUUCAAAGAAAAGCUCGGAGAAGGAAAAAAAAAAGCUGAAGAUCUUUCUUGUCAGGUGCAACUUCUUCAUAAAUCAUUGCUCAAACAGAAAGAGGAGCACACAAGGAUAGCUUUGUUGGAACAACAGAUCCAGACAUGCACCACAGACUUAGAGAACGGAAAGCUUGAUCGCCAGAACUUGGAGCAUCAGUUAAACAAAGUCCUCAAGGAACUGCACAAGGCCAGGGAGCAAAUAUCCCGUCUGGAACCUCUGAAACUCCGAGAAUCUGGACGUGUGGAACUACAAGAAGAUCUGCAAGCUCUGUUUGACGAGAAGCUGACCACGUAUGACAGAAGUCCUUCCCCAAAACAUUCAAGCCUCCUUGAUGAAAGUUUUCUCGAGUGUCCCAGAUGUAAAGUGCUGUAUCCAACAAGCCAGCACAGAGAAUUGUUAGCACAUAUUGACUUCUGUACAGCUUGAGCUCCAAAUGGACUUACUAUAUUCGCUUUACACAUACUGCCAAUAUGCUCAGCAAGAGAUCUUUUAAAGCUUUAUUCUUAAGGUUGUAUAAAGGACUGCUAGUUUUAUAAUUCAGUUCUACAGAAACAUUAUUAAGAGUAUAAUAAUUUGGCCUUAAAUAUUUUACCUGAUGUUUUUGCAAAAAAGCAGCUAUUGCACUUUUGGUUGCAAAUGGAAAUAUUUUUAGAAUUAGGAAUAUCUUAAAUAGUAAACUACUGACUUUUUUUUUUUUUGCACUAUUAAAUAUAAGAACAGUAAAAGCACAACUAUUGUGUCAGACUUUAUUUUAACAUUUGGCAUAUCCAGUUCUUGGUUGGUGAAUCCUGAUGAUUGUGCUUGUACCUUAACUAACAAGAAUAGCUGCAAAAGAUUUUUGGCCCUCAUAGGUGCACUAUAUAUAUGUAUAUUUGUAUGUACAUGGUGUGUGUAUGUAUGUGUAGUGUGUAUAGUAUAUAUAGACAUGAACCAUAUACAU